AUGUUAUUUUUCAGUUUUUUCAAGACUCUUGUUGAUCAAGAAGUCACAGUCGAAUUAAAGAAUGAUUUAGAAAUAAAAGGAACAUUAAAAUCAGUAGAUCAAUAUUUGAAUUUAAAAUUGGAUAAUAUACAAGUAACCAAUGGAACCAAAUAUCCCCAUUUACAAGCAGUAAAGAACUUAUUCAUAAGAGGAUCGAAUGUCCGUUAUGUUCAUAUGAGUCCAAGGUCAGUGGAUUGUACAUUGUUACAAGAUGCAUCAAGAAGAGAGGCCAUGGUUCAAUCAACAAAAUAA